CCCAAAAAAACGGAAAGCAUUGCGGCAUUAAAACGAACCCAACUUCACGUUUCGUUCCGUUUUCGAACUUGCAGAUCAUAAAUUUUAAACACUCGCUUAGGUUCCUUCCCAUCAUCGCCGCCGCACUCAUGACUCCCCAGCCACCCAAAUCCCACCGUCGCCGCCAAUCCAAUACGCCAAAAACACCACCAACUCUCCCCGACGAGAUCAUCACCGAUAUCCUAUCUCGCAUCACUGUCAAACAUCUGAUGCAGAUGAAAUGCGUAAGUAAGUCUUGGAACACUCUCAUAACCGAUCCUAUUUUCACCAAAAUGCACUUUAACAGAUCUGUGUUGAAUCCGUUUUUCUCGUUAAUCUCUAAUAAUUUAUCUGCACGGGACGGUGAUUGCAGUUUCGUAACCGUUCCGGUUAAUCGUUUGUUAGAAAACCGUUAUAUCACCGUUCCGAAGAGUCCUUACUUCCGAUUGAGGGAUAAGGAGUGUCGCGAUGUUGUUGGAUCCUGCAAUGGAUUGAUUUGUUUGAUCGGUUAUUCGCUCAACGAGUGGACUAAGUUUAAAAGAGUGUGGUUCCGUUUCUGGAACCCUGCUACUCGAUCAAUAUCGGAGAAAUUAGGGUAUUUUUCCUAUUAUGAUAAGCAUGAAAGGAAAUCUUGUAAGUUCGUGUUUGGUUAUGAUAAUUCAACUGAUACUUAUAAGGUGGUGAUGUUGCGUUCGGGUUGUGAUAGUGAUCCACAAUCGAAAGUAAGCGUGAAGGCGUUUAGUUUGGGAAAUAAUGUUUGGAGAAACAUUCAAAGUUUUUCUGUGAUUCCGCUUCAAUUGGUUAUGGAUCCGAGGGAGAACGAUGGUGUUCCGAGGGAGAAUGAUGGUGUUCAUUUGAGUGGCACUAUUAACUGGUUGGCUUAUCGCGAUGACGUUAACCUUAGGAAGGAUAAUCCGAUUGAGAAAUAUGUGAUCAUUUCUCUUGAUCUUUGUACGGAGAUAAACACGCAGUUUUUGCUCCCGGACGGUUUUGAGAAGGAGUCAUAUGUAGGGCCAAGUGUUUGUGUGUUGAAAGACUCCCUUUGUUUUUGUCAUGAUUUGGAUUUGACGGAUUUUGUUAUAUGGCAGAUGACGGAAUUUGGAAAUGAAAAGUCUUGGACUCAGUUUCUUAAAUUUAGUUAUCACAGUGUUCGGAUGAAUUAUGAAUUUGGUCUUCCUCUUUUAAAAUUAAUGCCGUUGCAUCUAUCCGAGAAUGGUGAUACAGUGGUAUUAGCAAACAACCGACAAGACCGAGUAAUUCUCUAUAACCGGAGAAAUAACAGAGCAAGGAAAACUAUACUUAAUACUAAGAUAUGUUGGCCCUCCCUCAAGGAUUAUGUUGAAAGCUUAGUUUCAACUUCUUGAAAGAUUUCUUUUUGAACUAUAGAUUCACAACCUCAAGUUUGAGCAAAUUCAACUUUAUUGAUGAUACAUGUCAGGAUGGAAGGAUGAAAGAGGCUUAUUGGAGCUAACUUCACUUCACUUUAUCUUUAGUAUUUGUUUUAUAUAAGACAUUAAUGACCCUCUUGAGCAAAUUUUUGAUUUUUUGGAAACAUUUGUAGUAACUUAUUUCUUAAUAAUUGUGCUGUCUUGUAAUUCUCUUUCUGUUUGGGUAAAGACAGAUUGGAAAUCUCCAACUCAAUGAGUAAUUUAAGUACACUUUUGCGGGAA